AGUUUCAGUGGGGUUUCCUCUUUGAAUGUCAUCGGAAAGCAUGUGAGCGUAGUUGGAGGGGUUAAGGCUGAAUCGAGAAGUUGGCAGUAUUUUCACAAGUUCCUUCUGAUCUCUUCUUGCAAAAUGUGGGACGUGCAACUCUGUAUCGUUUAGAGCAGAAAGGAAACAGUAUUCGUGAUAUUACUGGAGAUUUCUUUCUCAAAGAUGUCAGCCUACCGAGUUGCUUCCUGAGGAACGCCAUGUGGGAAAUAACCUGAGGAAAAUGGAAACAGAUGAGCCUCAAGACAUGUCCCAGAUUUCAGGGAAGGAAAGUCCUCCAGUAAGUGAUGUCCCUGAUGAUGCAGAUGAACCUAUGCCUGUGCCAGAAGACCUUUCUACAAGUUCAGGAGGACAGCAGAAUUCAAAGAAUGAAAGAGUUUUAGAGAAACAUCACGGGAGUUACAUAACUGUACCAAGGAGUCCCCUUAAGAGUGAUUUAAGUCCAGCUGCAUUUGGGGCUGAAGCCUUUAGGGAUUUUCACGCAAUAAUUUCCAAAUCUUUUUCUCCCGGUAAUGUUAAAGUAGAGACUCAGAGUGAUGAAGAGAAUGGGCGUGCCUGUGAAAUGAAUGGGGAAGAAUGUGCGGAGGAUUUACGAAUGCUUGAUGCCUCAGGAGAGAAAAUGAAUGGCUCACCCAGUGACCAAGGCGGCAAAGCUUUGGGCGGAGUUGGAGGCAUUCGACUUCCUAACGGAAAGCUAAAAUGUGAUAUCUGUGGGAUCAUAUGCAUCGGUCCCAAUGUGCUCAUGGUUCACAAAAGAAGCCACACUGGAGAGCGCCCUUUCCAGUGCAAUCAGUGUGGAGCUUCUUUUACUCAGAAAGGCAACCUCCUCCGCCAUAUCAAGCUGCAUUCUGGCGAGAAGCCCUUUAAGUGUCACCUCUGCAACUAUGCCUGCCGCCGGAGGGAUGCCCUCACGGGUCAUCUCAGGACUCAUUCGGUUGGUAAACCUCACAAAUGUGGAUAUUGUGGCCGAAGCUAUAAACAGCGCAGCUCUUUAGAGGAACAUAAAGAGCGUUGCCACAACUACUUGCAGAGCAUGGGCCUUCCAGGCACUCUGUACCCAGAUAAAGAAAUGCAUAUGCCCAUAAUGAGAGCAUCCACUGUGACUGAGUUACCCGAGCCAGAGGAUGGAGAUAUAAGCAGUACCCCCUUUAUUAAAGAAGAAACAAACCACGGUGAAAUGGCCGAAGACCUGUGCAAGAUAGGGCCAGAGAGAUCCCUCGUUCUGGAUAGACUAGCAAGUAACGUCGCCAAACGUAAGAGCUCUAUGCCUCAGAAAUUUGUUGGUGAGAAAUGCCUGUCAGAUAUCCCGUACGAUGCCAGUGCAAAUUAUGAGAAGGAGAACGAAAUCAUGCAGACCCACGUGAUGGACCAAGCCAUCAACAAUGCCAUCAGCUACCUGGGGGCCGAGUCCCUGCGCCCCCUCGUCCAGACCCCCCCGGGCGGCUCGGACGUGGUGCCCGUCAUCGGCCCCAUGUACCAGCUCCACAAGCCCCACGGGGACGGGCACGGCCGAGCCAACCAUACAGCUCAGGACAGCGCUGUGGAAAACUUAUUGCUCCUUUCCAAGGCCAAAUCCAUCUCGUCCGAGAGAGACGCCUCUCCGAGCAACAGCUGCCACGACUCCACGGACACGGAGAGUAAUAACGAGGAGCGCGGCGGUCUCAUUUACCUGACGAACCACAUAGCGCCCCACGCCCGAAAUGGCCUGUCCAUCAAAGAAGAGCACAGACCCUAUGAGGUCCUGAGGGCAGCAACUGACAAUUCCCACGAUGCUUUCAAAGUGAUCAGCAGCAGCGGAGAGCAAGUCAAGGUGUACAAGUGUGAACACUGCCGGGUCCUCUUCCUUGAUCACGUGAUGUAUACCAUCCACAUGGGUUGCCACGGCUUCCGUGAUCCUUUCGAGUGCAACAUGUGUGGCUACCAUAGUCAGGACAGGUAUGAAUUCUCCUCCCACAUAACACGGGGGGAGCAUCGUUUCCACAUGAGUUAAAACUCCCUUCUGCGCUGAUGUAGCCUGUCUCUGCUCUGCUCCUGGAGUAGCAUGACCCACACGCACGCACGCACACACACGCACACACACGCGCACACACACACAAGCACGCACGCACGCACACACAGAAGAAAAAAGCACAAAUCUCAAACAAACUUUCAAAGCAUCGGAACAGAUGCCUUUUAUCCUCCUUCCAGCAGCAUGUAUCGGACGGUAGCAUCGUCGCAACUCACUUUCGUUCUGUUUGUUUGAGGGUGGGGAGGGGGAGGGUUGUUUUGUUUUUUAAGGGAGCGUUGGGAAUUUUAUCGUUAGUUGCAGAAUUAAAUUUUGGAGUACAAAAAUCUUUAGUAACGUUAACUAGGAGCUUUUGUAGUCAGCUAGCCGAGACCCCCUCCUUUUCACCUGGGUUUCCUCCCUAGAAUUGCCUGAGUUCGGGCAGUACUCAGACGCUAACAUGGCUUUCAGGUGGAAAGCAGCAGACUGGAACUGCGUAAUAUGAGCGUGCUAGGACUAGGAUUCCCCUACCGGAAGAUAACCUCCCCUUGUCGGACCAGAAGAGAUGAAUGAACUAGGGUAGAGUUCCAGGUGAGAUAGGAAAGGAAAGAGGUGGCAGGAUGGGCGUAUCAGCAGCAGCAGCAUAACAGAGUUUGGAAGAGUUGGGACUCCUCGGACCAAAGCCUGGACUUCCAGGCUGAAAUUUGAAAAUAUUUCUUUUUAAAAAAUAAGAAAGCCCCCCUUUUCAGUCAUUUUUCGUGUAAGAAAUCAGCUUAGAAGAGGAAGUAUUGUGCGAAAGGGCUAAUCUACAUACAAGGGAAAUGAUUUUCAUUCUCUAUUGAUAUCUCCGGGGUCCGCACACAGGUCUGAAUAGACACAGAGCUCAUGAUCGGCACUGAUAUCCUCCAAACUGUCCUCCAAGCACCCUCCGGGGUCAGGAAUGCAUUUUCCAUCCAUUUAUGAAACGUUUCCCUGCUGCAAAAAUAUUUUCAAGCCUAAUUUAUCUUCCAGUUUGAAACACUGGGCCCUGAGAUGGUCUUCAAGUCUGGCGAUCCCAUUAAGAGCCUCUCGAAACAUUUCUCUCCUGUCGGGACGAAAUUCCCCGUUGGUUUCUCAGUCGGUCAAUCAAUCAAUCAGUGGUAUUUAAUGAGCGCUUACCGUGGGCAGAGCACUGUACUAAGUGCUUGGGAGAGUACAGUACUAUAGAGUUGGUAGACGCGAUACCUAUCCUGAAGGGGCUGACGGUCUAGUGGAGACCUCAUCUCGUGCUUAGGCCAUCCUGGGCCUAAGUCCCGUCAUUCUUCGCCGCCACAGCCUCCUUACUCAUUUGCAAAAGUUUUAAACCCACACAGAGGAAUGCCCCGGGAAAAUGUCCUAAGAUUUUGACCUCAUUCCUUUUCAUUCCAGUUUCCAAAUAUGGGAAAUGAAAAUUCAGGCUGUGAGAGCUGACGGGUGCCCGGCGGUAGUGAUAACACUCUGGGAUCGACCGUCAAUGUCAAACCCCAGCCAUUCCAUCCAUUUUAGAAUCCAUCCGGUAUACCUCUUCCAAAUAAACUUGUAACUCUCAACAUCUUUCCCAGUACAUGAUGCCUAUUUUCAUGUACCUAUUUUACCUGUGAAUGGUUUGUUCGUGCCUUUGUUACUCUCCCCACUGUACUCAGUUGUCUUCAUACUGAGCAUCAGAAGUCACGGUGUCAUUUACCACCCUUUUUGACAUCCGCUGCACUAUGGUUUGACUAAGCACAUUUGACUUACACAUACACUUGGCAGCUCUCAAGACAGAUUUCAGUGACCCAGGUGAGAAAGGACACAGAAUUGGGAAUAUAUGUCCCACCAUUCCUAAUCAAAAUUCUUCAUUUGGGGGACUAUUUCAAGAAUGGGAAGGAGGCCCCAAAGCUUUCCUAAACUAGGAAAUGCCAGUUGGGUCAAUCAAGCCAUCAGUCUAUCAGUGGUAUUUAUUGAGCGCUUACUGUGUGCAGAACACUGUACUAAACACUUGGGAGAGUUCAGUACAUUCGAGGUGGUAGAGACAAUAUCUGCCCUCAAGGAAACCCUAAAGAUUCAGUCAGCUAAAUGAUAGGUACCUCUUCAAAAAUCCCGAGAUCUUCCUCAAAGCACAUUGAGGUGUAUAUAAUCCUGGGCUCUCUGCCUUUCUAGUAGUUGAGAGGAAAUGUGACAUUUAGAGUUUCUUUUCUGUCCUCAGAACAUGUUCAGAACAUACAUUUGCGCCUAAAUGAAUAUGAAAACAGUAACCAAGAAGUUUUUCGUUCACUUGUAAUUUUUACAUUUUCAAGACGUUUUGACAUUUGAGUCCUGAAACUCAAAAGAACUGUAUAAUUUGGCUUGUUCCAUAAUGCUUAGAGUUAAGGGGAGUGAAAUAAAACAGCCACGUGGCCUCUCAUUGCUGCCUGAAAUCUCUUUCUUCUGUUUGACUCACUGGAAACAUUAAGUCGUUCUAUUUCUGGAUGCAGGAAGAAACACGCAAUAAGAAUCUGUGAUCUCAACAAAAUGACUUCAAAUUGGUACCCGGGGUCCAGCCCAAGUGCCAUCCUGAGCACUGGCAAACCACCUGUUUUAUUAUCCACCCUUCCUCGGGUGGUCCAGUGAUCCCAUCUUCCCAUCGAUGGUGUUUAUCCGCCCGCCCCCACCAGAUCAAGAACUGUAAAUAGCCUCCACUGGAAAAGUGCUUUUCUGGAACGCUUCCCUUUCGUAUCGAUAUAAACUUUGAUUUAGACACUUUUAGCUAUGGCUUUAUAGUGUAACCCCAUUUCCCCGCCCCACCCCCCACCCCUGGCCGUGAGAAUGAUGGAUUUAAAGAAAGAUUUGAAAAGAACGACCUGCAGUUAAAUUACAUCAGAAACUGGGCCCCACCCUGUAACAGAUAUGUGUGUGCGUGAAAACGUUUCUUCUGGGGGUGUCAGUAGAUUCGUGCGUGUUGCAUGGUCACUGUGCCCUUCUAUUAGGGGUGCUUGGGGGCUGUACCCAGGUCUUCUUGACCUCUGUGUCCGGAAGGACGCGUGUCACCAUGUAUGCUUCUGGACUAAGGGCUCUCGGUGCACGUGUAGCAUUUAGCUCCGAAUAUUUAGGGCUAAACACGUUCAGGGGACGGGUGAGGGGUUAAGGGUGAAGGGUUCAUUGACACGCCAGUGCCCGGCAAGUUGUCUCCUGCCUUCCAACCACUAUUCCUUUCAUUGUUGAAAAUAGUCAUCGAAAGAUGGGGACUCCAAUUAGAAAGACGUGUGGUGCGCCGGAAGCGAUUUCCACUACCAUCUCCGUCCACUACUGAGGCUCCUGCCUUGAUCAUUUCUGAACACCAGCAAACCCGUCAAACACCAAGGCUCCCCGUUCCCAAACCUUGAUCGGCCUUAAUCUGAAACUCCGCUGAUUAGAACGUGACGUUGGAGCCGGGGUGAGGGCGCUGGAGGGGAGGGAUGAGGCUAGGUCCGGAUGACAGUAUUAUAGUGGAAUGAAAGAGAGGUGAAAUGAUCGACUUUAGUGAGCAGCCCUCAGAACAAGACAGGCGCCUUCCUUCACCUACAAGUUUCAGCUCAACGAGGAAAGGGCUAACUUGGAAAUUAGACUAUAAAAAUAUUAUUUUGUGCAAAAGGAGAUGAUAUACUUUUUAUAUUUUAUUUUAUAUGAAUAAAGAUUAGGAAAGUGUUAAUAUGUAGACACCAUCGAGGAAAAACGAUAUGCUACUCAUUUAAAGGAAUAGUCACUGUGAACCUGUUACCAGAUAUGAAUAUGCAAUGUUGUUAUCAGAUACUUUCUAACAUGCCUUUUAUACCGGUUUGUGUGGUGAUUGUAGCAGUCUGAUUUGUUUAUAUCAAUACAACUUUAGGUCUAGGGAUAACUUUCUGACAAAAACAUGUAUAGGAUUGUAAUGGUGAAAAUCAAGAUGUGUUUCCAAACUGCCUCAAAGGGAUUCUGUUAACUUAUUUCUGUUGAGCUGUAACAAGUUGGAGACAGAGCUGUGCAAAUGCAAGAACAGAUUGCUGUUUUGUACCCAUUUUGAAAUGCUUCUUCUGUAGUGAAAACAAAUAAAUGAAAAGAAUAGACCUCCA